GAAUCCCCUUUUCUCUGUACUUAUUAACAACAUGACAUGUUCAAAGUUAUUUUCAGGAGAUUUACCUGAGUUAGUAAACGAGGCUAUACAAUAUUUUCAUUAUGAUUAUAAAACAUUACAUUCAUGUAUAUUAGUUAAUAGAUUAUGGUGUCGUAUAGCAAUCCCAUUAUUAUGGGAAGAUCCAUUUUCAAUGAAAUUUCCUAAAAAUUAUCACUUUAUUGAAAUUUACUUACAUAAACUAAACGAUGAUUACAAAAUAAAACUAGAAGAAUAUUUAACUCAAAAGGAUAUAUUUCCUUCAAAUACGUUAUUUAAUUAUUCUAAUUUUAUUCAACGUUUAAAUACAUCUAAAGUUUGUUCCUCCGUCGUAAAAUGGGUUGAUACUAUCGGAAAUUCAACUAAAUCUAAUUAUUUUAUACAAAAUAUAAAAUUAUCAUUAUCACAAAAAUCAAACUUUACAAAAUUAAUUUAUAAAUCAUUAUUUUUAAUAUUCAUUGAAAAUGAAGUAAAUUUAAAUAGUUUUGAAAUUACGUUACAUUAUUAUAGAGAACAUAAAUAUUUUAAUGAGAUUUUUGAAUUAAUUUUACAAAAACCGAAUUUCAUUUAUAAUAUUAAAAAUUUUAGAUUGGAUUUUUAUGUUAAGAAUGAUAACAUAAUAAAAAUUUUAGGAUGUAUUCAUUCUAAUUGUAAUUCAAUUUCAUCACUUUAUUUUUUAUUUCCAUCAUUUAACAUUAAUUAUCCAAUCGAAAAAUGUUUAUCACAAAUUAUUAAUUCUCAAGAAAAUCUUAAAAAGAUUUCAUUUAGUUGUAAUUAUUCCCUCUCAUAUCACUUAUUAUUAAAUCCUAAUUUUUCAAAUAAAUUAAACACAAUUAUAUUUCAUUUUAUUGAUUUUAAAAAUAUAACUGUUUUAGGUGAAGUAUUCAAUCAAUUGAAUGUUUUAGAAUCAAUUCAUAUUAUUAAAUGUCGUUCUCUGGAUUCUAACUUUAUUCAACAAAUUAAUAAUAUCACUAAACCAUUUAAAUUAAAAACUUUAUUUUUGAAAGAAAUUUUACAAGUUGAAUCAUUAAAAUUCCUUAUACAAAAAUCUGGUAAUUAUUUAGAAAAUUUUGGUAGCAUUGGUAAUUCACAAUCAUUAAAAGAAAUAUUUGAAUUAGCUAUAAGAUAUUGUAAUAAAAUUAAGUUAUUACAAUUAUUUGCUGGAAUAAAUAAUCGGAAUGAUAUUAAUUUAGGAUUAAAUUUAAUCGAAAAUAUUAAACAAAAUCUCAAUUAUCUUUUUAUAAGAUCAUUUCAUAGUGAAAAUAGUUCUGUUAUAUUACAAAAUUUAGGACAAAUUCUUCCUUUUAAAUUAGAAUACCUAUACUUGCAACUUAUUUUUGACACAAAUGAUCUUGAAAUGUUUUUAAAAAAUUCACAAAAUUCUUUUAUAAAUAAAUUGGUAAUUAGAAAUAGGGUAAAUAAAAGUAGUAUUGUCCCUUACAUAAAAAAAUAUAUUAUGAAAGAGAAAAGAGUUAAAUAUUUGGCUAUUUUAGAAACUUUAAUUGGAAAGGAUGAAGAUUUGUUCUCUCAGAAAGAUGAAGUAGAGGAAUUUAAAUUAUAUGAUAUUCAAGUUUUAAAUUAUUAUGAUUUGUUUAUUGAUAUUAACAAUUAUGUAAAAGAAAUUGAAUGAAAAUUUAAUUAAUUUAGUUAGGUUUUUCAUAUUAUCAACUACUGUAUAAAUAAAGUCAUAUAAUAUGUAAGGUUUAUUAACAUUAGCAAGAAAAUUUGUUUAAUUUAUAAAAUUUAUUUACCAUAAAUAUAAUACUUUGAGUAUGUUUAA